AUGCCAGGGGAGGCCUGCGGCGACGCCGCGGAGGCGGGCGAGCGGCCGUGCGAGGGGGUUGUCGCCAGUCGCCUCCGGGAGGCCUACGCCGCAUUGGACUGCGACAGCUUCAACGCCUCCGGCGUGCAGGCCCUCUCGCCCCACAUCCCGUGUGCCUCCAGUCUGCUGGAGGCAUUCCCGUCCCUCCGCGAGCUCUGCACGGUGACGCUUAACCUUGAGGUGCUGCUGCGGUGCAGCGAGGCGGACUCGCUUUGCGCCGCGCGGGAGAAGUACCUGCGCUGGCACAGGUGCAUCCUCCACACCCUCGGCGGCGUGCAUGACAUUGACGGCUUCCUGCGUUACUGGGUGAAGGGCGUGGUGGCCUACGAGUUUCGCGAGAUGCAGCGGCACAUGGACGACGACGACGGCGGCGGCGCACAGGCGCAGGGCAGUGAGCGGGGAGGGGUGGAGCGGGCAAUAGAGCACGCCGUCGAGUUGCGCGAGGCGCUGCAGCGGCUCCCCAAGCUCGUUGCCUUUUUGUUUUCGGCGAACAGCCAGCAAGCUGGGAGGCGAGGCGGCGGUGACGUGAUAAACGAGGAGGUGAGGUAUAUCCUUGCUGAGCAGACGAAGCAACAGGUGCUGCGGCGUCUGCUGAUGGAGGUUCUGCAGCGCCGGCGUGCGUGGAACGCCGGCGUGCCAGGGAGUGACGUCGUCGUUGCGGUGCCUCCCGACCGCCCCGCCGCCAACGCCCAGCUGCCUGCAAUGCAGUUGAUGCCACGGCAGCAGCAGCAGCAGCAGCGCCGGCGGCGGCAGCUACCCACGAAUUCCAUUGUUAGCAUAGCUGAGCUUCUUCAGCUCCAGCUUCAGCCCACGCGAGGUGCGGAGCGGCUGCUCGUGACCACCGUCCUGCAGAGUGUCGUGCGGGGCUGCCGAAGCUUCUUCCCGCGGGAGGCGCUGCUCUCGCUGCUGCGCCCCGACGCCGACGCGGAGGCACGCCACGCGUUCCUCGUCAAGGCCUGGCCACGGUAUUGGAGCAGCGAGCUCGCGAUGACGCGCGAGCUGCCCGGCGUGGAGGAGGCAAGCGUGAAGGGCCUCCUCACCAAACUCGUGUUCCUGUGGGAGCCCGGCGACGACGCCCCCGCGCACGAGCCCCUCGACACCGCCGCAGCUGGCCUGCAGCACUGCUACGUCGUCCACCUGCUGCGGGUGACGCUGCGUCGGCUCGUUGAGCAGCUGUUUGCGCUCGACGCCACCGCCGGGGCGGGUGCGGCGCGCGGCCCCCUGAAGCUGCUGCUGGACGUCGCCCAGGCCAUGGCCUGCGUGGAAGCCCCGCCGCGGGGAACGCCGCAGCUGUGGGAGCAGGCGGGCCCCGGCGUUGCGCUGCCGGACGAACUCCCGCGGGAGGUCGGGCACGUCGCGAUGGCGGCGGUGCUCCGUGCUUUGCUGCAGGCGCGACUCACCGCCGCGGUGGAGCACUUCCUCGGCGGCGGCGGCGGCGGCGGCGUCCCUGCAGAGCAGCGCGGGCCGCGGCUCCUCGCCUACCUCCUGCGGACCGAGCGCGUGUUCCACCUCAUCCUGUGCAAGGCGCCGCCGCUGGGGGCGCGGAUGCACGAGGGCGGCGGCGGCGGCGCCGUGGCCUGCUUCUACGGCGCGGUGAAACACGCCCUCGUGCACCCGCGGCGGAACCGGGGCGCGGAUGUGUUUGCCGACACGCUUCUCGACAGCCUGCAGACGUACCUGCUGCAGGGAGGCCGUGAAAGCGGGGCGGUGGCGGCGGUGUCGCUGCAAAACGAGGAUGAGUUCCUGUCGGCCGUGCGACUCACACAAUGCGUCGCCGCCACCGAUCGCUACCUGCGGCUGUACAAGGAGCUUCUUGCCUACCGACUGCUCUCCUACGCGGUGGGGCGGGCACGCGAGGGCGGGGGAGGCGCGGCGGAGGCGCGGCGGGAGAAGCUGCAGGCGGAGAGGGCGGUGUGCGAGCACCUGCAGAAACUGCUCCCGCUGGAGCGCGACAGCGUGCGGCAGAUGCUUCAGAUGUGCCUCGACGUGGAGGCGGGAGCGGCGGCGCACGACCCGCGGGCGCCGCAGGAGGAGCCCGGUGAAGAGCCGGCUGUUGUGCGGCCCACGCUGUGGCUUCUGUCCCGCCGCGCGUGGCCCGUGUACCCCGUGCUGGCGGACGCCCCGCCGCCGCUGCGGCACGCGAUGCAUGCGUUUGCGCUCGCCUACCACGCAGAGCACAGCGGGCGGCGCGUGGUGUGGCUGCGCACCUCCAUGGAGACCGUCAGCUUCACCGUCGCCUACCCGCGGGCGACGAAGCUCAUUGUGGGCUCGCUGGAGCUGUUUAACAUCUUCCACUGCCUCGGCGAGGCGGGGGCCGCCGGCGCGACCUGGACGCUUCUCGCCCAGCGCACCGGCAAGGAGAAGCCGGCGCUGCAGCGGGGAGUGAGGAGGCUCCUCAGUGACGGCUUCUUCACGCUGCAGGCGGGCGCCGAGGAGGAGUGCCUCGCCUUGAACGCCGCCUUCACCUCGCCCCGGACGCGCUACCACUUCCUGCAGCAACCGCCGCGGGUUGUGGCCCUUGCAGAGGCGCACGGCGCAGGCGCGGGGGAGGCGCGCCUCUCCCACUCCGCCUCCAUCAAGGCGGCGAUCAUCAAGCACAUGAAGCGCGUGCGCAACUGCCUCUACGACGAGCUCUUCCUUGCGACGCAGCAGCAGAACCCGCAGUUUGAGCUAAAAAACAGCGACUUCAAGUUGGCGUUGGAGACGCUGAUUGAGAAGGAGUUCGUCGCACGUGACCCACUGCAGAAGCAGCGGUUUUUCUACAAGGCCUGA